GCCAACUCAUCUUUGACGAAAUUCUCAAAUUCGCUUUAUUUUCUGUAUAUUAAAUCUAGAAAAUGCUAAAAACGCUUUAUGUUAUUUUCUCAAUCUUCGGAUUUAUUUGGCCAAUUCAUAGUGUCAUGUUCCACUUGACACCAAACACACAAAAAUGUCUCAAGGAGGAUAUACAAGCUAAUCAAUUAGUAAUGGGCGAAUACGAAGUUUCGGAUGUGCCUGGUCAAGUUAUAGACUAUAUUGCUCGGGACACCAAGGGUCAUAUACUGUCACAAAAGGAACAUAUUACCAAAGGAAAAUUCAGCUUUAUGUCAGAGGUUUAUGACGCGUAUGAAAUUUGUUUUAUUUCAAAAGUGCCACCGCAUCAACGUGGGAUUAGUCAAGAGGUCGCACUUGUAACGAAAAAGGGUGUUGAAACUAAAAGUUAUGAAGGCAUAGGCGAGGCCUCCAAACUUAAACCGCUUGAAGUGGACCUAAAGCGCUUAGAAGACCUUUCUGAUUCAAUCGUCCGAGACUUUGCAUUAAUGCGUAAACGAGAGGAAGAAAUGCGUGAUACGAAUGAAAAAACGAAUAGUAGAGUACUAUUCUUCAGCAUUUUUAGUAUGUGCUGUUUGCUUGGCCUGGCAACUUGGCAAGUUCUAUACCUUCGCAGAUAUUUUAAGGCCAAAAAACUCAUCGAAUAGUUACAUUAUACGAUAUUUCAAACAGCUCGAGUUUUACCGCUUAUUUGCCUUUAACAAUAAACUGUAACAAAUUAA